UUACCACCAGGAAAUGAGACAUUUGAGAAGCUUGGGAUCAUUGGAACACUAUCAAACCUUCUGGUUUAUUUAACUUCUGUCUUCAACAUGAAGAGUGUCACAGCUGCAACAAUCAUCAAUGCCUUUGCUGGCACAGUCAACUUCGGAACUUUCGUCGCUGCUUUCCUUUGCGACACUUACUUCGGUCGAUACAAGACUCUUAACGUUGCGGUCCUCGCCUGUUUUCUUGGAUCACUUGCGAUACUAUUGACUGCUGCAGUGCCACAACUACAUCCAGCUCCAUGCGGCACAGCGAGCUCGUGUAUCGGGCCAAGUGGUGGCCAGAUAGCGUUUUUAAUGAUGGGUCUUGGGAUUCUUGUCGUGGGAGCAGGAGGGAUUAGACCAUGCAAUCUAGCUUUCGGAGCUGAUCAGUUUAACCCGAAGAGCGGGUCAGGGAAGAGAGGGAUUGAUAGUUUCUUCAACUGGUACUUCUUCACCUUCACUUUCGCCCAGAUCUUGUCUUUGACAGUAGUUGUCUAUGUCCAGUCUAAUGUCAGUUGGACCAUCGGUUUAACCAUCCCGGUUGUUCUAAUGUUCUUGGCCUCCGUGAUUUUCUUUGCGGGUGAGUUGUAUGUUAAGAUCGAAGCCUCAGGUAGUCCAUUGGCUAGUGUAGCUCAUGUUAUAACGGCUGCUAUCAAGAAACACAGGUUAAAGUCAGUGAAACAGCCUUGGCUGAACCUUUACAACUACUACCCAUCAAAAUACGCAAACGCCAAGCUCAAAUACACCGAACAAUUCACGUUUCUCGACAAGGCGGCGAUCUUGACUCCUGAAGACAAGUUGGAGGCUGAUGGUAAGCCUGUGAAUCCAUGGAAUCUAUGUACAAUGCAACAAGUUGAAGAAGUGAAGUGCAUCAUGAGAGUGCUUCCUAUAUGGUUUGCUUCAUCGAUUUACUACUUAACCAUCGCGCAACAAAUGACUUAUCCUGUCUUCCAAGCUCUCCAGAGUGAUCGUCGCCUAGGCUCCGGAGGUUUCAUGAUCCCGGCAGCCACCUAUGUUGUCUUCUUGAUGACUGGCAUGACCCUCUUCAUCAUAUUUUAUGACCGUGUAUUGGUUCCUACAUUUAAACGUAUAACCGGUAUAGAGACGGGUAUAACGCUCUUGCAAAGAAUCGGAGCCGGGAUUUUCUUCGCCUUGUUAAGCUUAAUUGUCUCUGGUUUCGUCGAGGAGCGUAGGAGAACUUUAGCACUAACUAAACCGACACUCGGUUUAGCGCCACGGAAGGGAGAAAUCUCCUCAAUGUCGGCUAUGUGGCUGAUUCCGCAGCUUGUACUUGCUGGUAUAGCCGACGCAUUUGGAGCUAUUGGGCAGAUGGAGUUUUACUACAAGAAGUUCCCUGAGAACAUGAGGAGUUUUGCUGGUUCUAUCUUUUACGUAGGAGGAGGAGUUUCGAGUUACAUCAGUAGCUUCUUGAUCACAACGGUUCACAGGAUGACGCAAAAUGAUUUGUGAGUUGUAAACACUCUUAAACGUAAAACUAGUGAAGUUUAUGAAAUUUGAUUUGUAUAUCUCUUAAUAUUCUUAGAACGACAUUGGAACCUUGCCUUGCAUUAAUUGCUUAUAGCUAUUGAUUUGUUUUAUGUUAAAUAUAUAUUCAUUUAGUAGCUAUAAGCUAUUUUGAUCUAAUGAAUUUUGUUUUAUGUUGAUGUUUGAUGACGUCGAAGGGGAGAUGGUUCUCAAGUCCAAAUAAAGUGGACGAACACUCUAAAUUUCAUAUAAUGUUGCUUUUAAUGAAACAUAUUUUGUUUUGAUCUUAUGUUUUAGUAUUUUUGUAAUACUUAUUUACAUUAGUUAAUUUCAUCAGAUUUACUUUUGUUACUUCAAAAUUUACAUAAUCAUAAACAUAUUUUAGAUAGUGUUAAUGGUAUUAUCAUUCGGAAAUUAAUAUAACUAUUACUUACUUUAAUUGAGUGCUAAUACUAAUGACUUCUACUAAUGAGUCAAUUCAUUAAAACCAUUAUCAAAAUAAUUUAAAUAAAAAAUGGAUUGAUCCAAUUCAUUAAGUAAAUGAGCUGGGUUCAUUCAUAAAUCCAUACAUGGUUUGGUUCAUAUGUUAUAGGCUGGUUUGAGUUGGUUUAUUCAUUUUGACACCUUUAUCAUUUGCAUUUCCGCCUGAAAUUUUGUUUGCUGUUGAUUUGGCUCUUUUUAUCGUUUGGCGCAUCGUUUUGCCGCUUUCUCCUCUUCUAUAUAAAUACUGUAUCUGCCUUCAAUGUUUAUUGAAAAUAAAAUCAGUAAUGAUGUGUUAGUUCUGGUGAUAUUUAGCAUAUAUAUGUUUUGGUUACACAUUUUUAUUUUAUCUUUUGAUAUAAAUCAAGUUUUUUUUCUUUCAUUUGCAAGUAUAUGAUGUGUUAGUUUUGGUGAUAUGUAGCCUAUAAUGACUAACUAAACUGAGCUUGUUAAUUCCAAUAAAAUUUGUUUUUCAAAAAAACUAUCUAUGCAUAUUCUUUUCUUUUGUUUGUUGGCCACCUCUAAUUCUUAUUUUUAUCGUUAAAAUCAUGUUUUGAAUUUGACCUAAUGAUGUACAAGUUUUUCCUAACAUCACAUUUUUUUUAAAUAACAUUAUUUUGAUUUUGAAAUAACAUUUGUUUUACCAUUGAGUUUAUUAUGCGGUUAUUUAUGAAGGUAUUUUUGAUUUUGUAUAAUUUGUUAUUGAUAUUAAAGUCUUAUUGUUAAAUUGGAUUUAUACAAUAUUUCUGUUCAUGGAUCCUUCGGAGCUCAAAGGUCUGCUCCAUGUACUGUUUAUUUUUAAGUACUGUGUCUAAUUUAUAUAUUUUAUGUCUUUUAAAAUUCUAUCAAUAUCUGUAGGAUCUAUCUACUUUGCCCUUCAUGGUGCUACAAUUCCUGCUGAUCAGCUAUAUGCUCAAGGUUAGUCAAUGUGAAAUUUAAUAGACAUGUUAUAUCAUUGAUUCACUUAAUAGGAGCUUAUAAUGUUGUUGCAUUAUAUCAUUGAUUGAGGCUAUUCAUAAUGAUAUCAUUUAACCAAAGCUUGUAAUUACCCAAACUGUUGAGCAUUCAUUUUCAUUUGUUUGUGGUUUGUGUUAACAAAAGUGGUAUUUUGCUUCGUAAACUUACCUAUACAGCUGAAUAGUCAAUGUGAAAUUUAAUAUACAUGUUAUAUCAUUGAUUCACUUAAUAUGAUCUUAUAAUGUUGUUGCAUUAUAUCAUUGAAUGACAUAGACUGUUCAUAAUGAUAUCAUUUAACUAAUGCUUGUAACUAGCCAAACUGUUGAGCAUUCAUUUGUGGUUUGUGUUAACAAAAGUGGUCUUUUGCUUCGUAAACUUACCUAAACAGCUGAAUAGUCAAUGUGAAAUUUAAUAUACAUGUUAUAUCAUUGAUUCACUUAAUAGGAGCUUAUAAUGUUGUUGCAUUAUAUCAUUGAUUGACAUUGUCCUACACAACCAGGAAUGGGCCUCUUUGGCUUCAGCGGGUGCUUGAUCAUGAUGCUGAAUUACCCUAGCAAUCGCUCCUGGUGCUUAUCGGGUAUCUCUUGAGUUCAGGUGCUUUCUGUGAAGGUUUUCUCGAUGUUUGGUGACUGUGUUGCCUACUUUUUAAUUUAUGGUACCUACUGGUAUCUUUGCUUUUAUCUUUACUUUGUCCUUUUGUUGAUGUAAUGGCUUUUGCCUUCAACUGGUUUCCGUUUUGGAACUUAUCAAUGAAGUAUUCAGUGUUAAAAAAAAAAACAUUGACUGUUCAUAAUGAUAUCAUUUAACUAAUGCUUGUAACUACCCAAAUUGUUGAGCAUAAGUUUUCGUUUGAUAUUAACGUUUGUGGUUUGUGUUAGCAAAAGUGGUCUUUUGCUUCGUAAACUUACCUAAACAGCUGAAUAUAUUUCAAUUUGAUAUUUAUUUGGUUGUGUUAAUAAUACUUAUUUUUUCUCUCCGGUUAAGGUGUGACCAAGCAAGCUCUUGUAGCUCCUCUCCUGCAGCUAAUCUCAGUGCUCAAGUGUCUACCCUGACUGCCUAAGUGUCUACCAUGACUGCACAAGUUUCUUCUCUUACUGCCCAAGUAACAACUCUCUCUAUCCCAACCCUUGCCCGUUCCUUCUCUGCCGCCCCAUUCAUAUCACCAGAUAUUUAUUAUAACCUCAUUAUUCUUAAAUGGUCAAAACAAAUCUGCGCUUACAAUACACAAGUCAUCAAAACUAUGUUGUGAUGACUUUUUGCUGAUUCAAAACAUAGUUUUGAUGACUAUUAAAGAGUCAAACUAACUAAACAGCUAAUCCUAUCAAAACGUA